GUGGCAUCACGUGAAUAUCUAAUGCAUUAUUUGCAUUCGAUAAAUCUUGCAUCUCUUAAUACGACGCCUGCAGGUCGUUGAAUGUGUUGCCACUUUAAUAUUUCUGGUUCACCGCAAAUUGAUAAGAAUGGAUGCUAGACAUGCUCGUGCUUACGAUACCUGCUUGGUUGCUCCUGAGCAGGGAUAUUACUCCGGUUUUGCUCCUGACGGUGCGAGAUGUGUAACUGCUGUUCCCGCUCAAGAGGACGGUUAUGUGCUUCCUAAUGGUUACAGGUUUUCUGAUGGCUAUUCAUUGGAUUACCAGCCACUAUCUAAGCAUGUACCUGCUCAGAGCACUUUUGAGUGCAACCCUGAGUUAUUACAGGGUUGUGUGUUUGACGGCGCUCCUCAGGGUGAUUACGUUUAUCCUGCCCCUGAGUAUGUACAGCCUGAUUACAGCUAUGCAGCUCCAGGUUACGGUCAAUAUCAGCAAGUGAUGGGUACUGAGACAGUUCCUAAGGUUGUGGGUGACCCAGCUCCUUUGACUACUGAGUUCUUUGCUUCUAACAAUGCUUUUCAGCGUAUUCCGUUAUGCCCAUCAAGAUCGGUUUUCAGGCGUCGUCGUCAGGGUGACCCUUCCAGUGAGUGGAGCAAUGCUUUUGUGAACGACACUGAUGACCGUUGUGAUGCUACUCCAUGUUGCACGGGUUGAUUUGGGGUUUUGUGUAACUUUUUCGUUGGUUAUAAGGCUCAUUUAGGUCAAGAGCUUACAUCACUUUUCAAUACAGAGUGAUACAUUUGGUGUUUGUUAACCAAUCUAGAAAACGUUAGGGUGGUUGCUGGCAUGAAAACAGGCCUUCGAUGUACACACCAAUUGAAUAAUAUACCUUUAUUAGUAACGUUUGUAUUUAG